CUAACGUUCCGAUGCACGUGCCGUGUGCAAACUUUGGUAUGACUAGCCCGGUCGCGCGGCUCCAACAGCCAUUCGAAUCCAGUAUUAGUGCGGUGUAGAGUGCGGUGUCCCUAGCUCCACAAGACCUCUUUCACCUUCGAUCGAUAUAUACCUAGUGUAUAAGCAAAAUGCCUUUCAAGCCCGUGGAACACCCAAAAUGCCCGAAAUGCGGCAAGUCUGUCUACGCCGCUGAGGAGCGUGUUGCUGGAGGCCUCAAGUGGCACAAGAUGUGCUUCAAGUGCGGUCUCUGCAGCAAAUUGCUCGACUCGACGAACUGCUCCGAGCACGAGGGUGAGCUCUUCUGCAAAGUCUGCCAUGCGCGCAAGUUUGGCCCUAAGGGUUACGGAUUCGGAGGUGGCGCUGGAUGUCUGUCGAUGGAUCAGGGCGAGCACCUGAAGAGUACCGAGGGAAACAGAGGAUCGAACGCCAUGCUCGAAUCAAGGGCCAUUGCUAAGGCACCCGAAGGUGAAGGCUGCCCCAGAUGCGGAGGAUACGUCUAUGCAGCUGAGCAAAUGCUCGCGAGGGGACGUGGCUACCAUAGGCAAUGCUUCAAGUGCAAAAUGUGUCAUCGGAGUCUUGACUCUACUCUGCAUUGCGACGGUCCUGAUCGAGACGUGUAUUGUCGAGCUUGCUAUCCGAAGAAAUUCGGCCCCCGAGGUAUUGGCCAUGCAGGGCUUGUUUGGAUCGGGCUACAGUGCGAUAUCGAGGAUGAGGGCGACGCUGCUCCUCGUACAACGGUGAUCGACACUGCCAUUAUCAAGGCACCCCCUGGCAAAGGGUGUCCUCGUUGCGGUGGGGUAGUAUUCGCCGCCGAGCAGGUAUUAGCCAAGGGUAGGGAAUGGCACCGAAAGUGUUACAAGUGCCGUGACUGUACCAAGACCCUGGAUUCUAUCAUCGCCUGCGACGGUCCCGACAGAGACGUCUACUGCAAGACCUGCUACGGCAAGAAAUGGGGACCUCACGGUUACGGUUUUGCCUGUGGAUCAGGAUUCCUGCAGACCGACGGCCUCACGGAGGAUGAAAUCUCGGCUAACCGACCAUAUUACAACCCGGACACUACCUCCAUCAAGGCACCAGCUGGUCAGGGCUGCCCUCGUUGUGGCGGCAUGGUCUUCGCUGCUGAACAACAGUUAGCCAAGGGUACAAUGUGGCAUAAGAAAUGCUUCAACUGUGCCGAAUGUCAUCGACCAUUAGAUUCCAUGUUGGCUUGCGAUGGACCCGAUAAGGAAAUCCACUGCCGUGCCUGUUAUGGAAAACUCUUUGGACCCAAAGGAUUCGGUUUUGGACACACACCCACUCUUGUUUCUACGAACGGUGACCACACUGCACCAUCUUUUAUGGACUCCAAGCCUCAACUUGGCCAGAAACGCAAUGAUGGACACGGAUGCUCCCGCUGCGGUUAUCCCGUAUACGCGGCUGAGCAGAUGAUCUCGAAGAACCGUGUCUGGCACAAGAGAUGCUUCAGCUGUGGCGAAUGUCAUCGUUCUCUCGACUCGACGAACCUGAACGACGGACCCGACGGCGAUAUUUACUGCCGCGGAUGUUACGGACGCAACUUUGGACCUAAGGGAGUAGGUUUUGGCAUGGGAGCAGGCACUCUUUCGAUGGCCUAGGUAAUAAUCUAGGAACGGUGACAUAUGAAAGCAAGAUCCAAUAUCAUCCCUUAGAUAGGACCCCAUUCUUCCUUGCACGAUAUCCAAUCCCGCUCCUGAGUCCUAAAAAUUGUUUUCCAUUCUGCAAACCUUUUCACCUAGAUCCCUAAUAUUUUCUUUUGCGAUUUUCUUUAUUUUUAA